AUGUUAGUACCACCAGCAUCAAGAGCAACUACUUCUACUGCUACAAAUACUAAACCAACUAGUUCAGAUGAUUCAGUCAUUGACAAUGCUCCUCGUCCACGUCUGAAGCGAUCAACAUCAUGCGGUCAUUUCUCAAAUACCGCCCUUAAUUUGACAAGAACAACGUUCUGUGAUAAAUCCAAUGAUCAUAUUUCAAGUUCAAUAUCAACAUCAUUAUCAUCAUCACUUGUUGAAACUAAUACAUCAUGUGCACUAACUGAUGAUUCCAAUUUUGUCAAUCAAAUGCCAACGUCUUCAAUCUAUACGCUAUCUGGUAAUGCUGAUAUUACAACAACUAUUGAUCCAUCAACAAAAACAUAUAAUGAAUUAAAUCAUCAAUUAUCUUAUACACCUGUCUUAAUUGAUCUAACAAAUAAUGUACCAUUUCCAUCUUCAAGAACUCAAUCUAUGUACCAAACAACACCGAUAUCAUUACCACAAGGGGUGCUUAUUUCUCCAGCUUCUCAAAAUCUUGAAACAUUGCGUAAUUCUAUAUCUUCUUCAUCGUCGUAUCAAAGUCACAACAGUUCAAACACAAAUUCUAUUUCAUUCAAUUCUUCUAAACCAAUAGAUGCAUUAACUAAUGUAAUUGAAAAGUAUAUGACAUCGACCACCUCACAAACUACUAACAAAGGAAAAAGAAGAUCAAUCGAACGACAAUGUGGUGAAAGCCUUACAACUAUGGACGUUCUAAUGCGUUUACAACAAAAACAAAAAGCGAAAAAAAGAAAAACUACAAAGCCUCUCGAAACAACGCUUCAUGGAUCAAAAAAACGUGGUCGUAAAUCUGUAAAUCCACAACAAUUUCUAAACGACAUUGAAGCUAUGGAUGACAGCAACUCAAUACAAUAUUCACAUAGUUCGCUUGCUGCUUUAUCAAUCAAUUCAAAUGAUCUAACAUCUCGGCAAAUUACAUAUGCACCACAUACGGCUUCAGAAACAAAUUUAAUGACAACUUCAUCAACUAUUCAAUAUACACCAUCUACAUAUCCAUCAUAUCCAACAUGCUACCGAUAAUGGUCAUUGGAUAAUUUUAUUGAUUUAUUAUCUUGUAAUACGAUAGUUAAUCGAUUUUGUUUACAAAUUUUACCUGAAAUUCAUAAUAAAAUCAAAUGGCUUGAUCUUAAAUCAUCAUCCAUGAAACAUGUUUUACGUCUUGCUCAUUAUCCAAAUUUAGAUAGUCUUGCUCUUUAUAAUAUUGAUGAAGAAUCAAUUCGAUGUCUUUUUACUGAUGAAACUCUUUCAUCUGAUAUUUUCAAAAAUCAAAUUACAAAACUUUUAAUAACAAUAAAUAAAAAUGAUGAUUAUCUUGAAAUGCUAUUAUCAGUGGUAAAUAUAUAUGAUUACAUCUUCAGUGUUUUUACUUGUCUGAUUUCUGUCGUAUUAUAUGAAUCAUCAUAUAAAAAUUGUGUUCGAUUAAAUUUUAACGAUUCAUUACAUCCAAAUAUUCGUUCUUCAACUCUUUUGAAAUUGAAUAUCAAAGUACAAUGUUUUAAUGAUUGUCUUUAUCUUCUUGAUGGUCGUUUUAAUCAACUUAAUACAUUCCAUGUUGAUUUGCUUAGUAUUCGUAGUCCACAUGAAGUGAAAAAUCAAGGUGAUUUACCAAAUCUAAAGUGUUUUUCUUUGUCUUGUAACUACAAAACAUAUGAUUAUGAUGAAUUGAUUCCACCACUUCUCUAUAGAAUGUCAAAUCUAGAGAAACUCGGUUUGUAUCUUCUGGUUUAUGUUGAACAAACAUUUAUUGAUGGAAACCAUUUGAAAAAAAUGAUUAUUAAUCGUAUGCCAAGAUUAAAUAAAUUCAUAUUUUAUAUUCAGUCAUCUAUGUAUAUUGGUAAUAAAUUCAAUUUGCCAUCAACAGAAGAUAUUCGACGCACACUCAUUGAUUUUCCAGUUCAUAAAAUAAUUUGUUAUCUUAAUUAUUUUCCGGAGGCAGAACAAGGUGUAUGUCACAUUUACUCAUAUCCACCUUUAAUGAAAUAUUACGGCGAUAUUACAAAUUAUUUUUCAGGUGGAUUAUUCAAAUAUGUUCGUGUAGUGUCAUUAAAUGAUGAACGUCCUUUUGAACAUGAAUUUUUUUUUCGAAUUGUUCAAUCAUUUCCAUUUAUGGAACAAUUAACUGUGAUUAAUCGUAAACCACAAAAUCGCAAACAACCUUAUGAAUCAAAUAAUGAUAAUCAAAACUUAUCUGUUAUUGAAUAUUCUUUUCUCAAUACACUUGAUAUUAUCAAUGUCUAUGAUGAUUACAUAGAAGAAUUUCUAUUUGAUACUAAAACGUAUUUUAAAAAUAAUGUUUAUCUUCAAAUCAAUUAUGAAUCUUUAAAACGAGUAACGCAUAAUUUUACAAGAGAUGCUACACGAAUUAAUUGUACCAAAAUAAAUAAAUUAUAUUUACAUGGUAAAUCAAAACGUUCGAAUUCUUUGCAAGAAUAUUUUCCUUAUGCAAAAAUAUGUUAUGUAGAAAUGUUUUGA